AUGGUGCUUCCUAAGCUCCGCAAGAUAAAUUUAUCUCGUCAUUACGAUAUAAGUGACUCAUUACUUUUGCACUUGUGUAAAAAUUGUGAGUUUCUCGAAGAGGUUGUGUUGUUCAAGUAUUCAUCCUUAACUUGUGAUGGCAUUGCUUCUGCCAUCCGUGAGAGACCAUCUUUGAGGUCUUUAUCUGUUGGCCGGCAGUCAAAUGAAUGUGGUUGGUGGUCAAAUGGAAGCCAUGACAACAUCAGUUCACACUUUACUGACUCGCUGGUGAGUUUGAAAGGGUUAACAAAUCUUGAUUUGCCGUUUUUGCGCAUCUCAGAUAUGUUCCUCUCUUCUAUUGCAAUUGAAGUUAUUUCUUUGAGAAGGCUUGUCCUCAGAGAUUGCAUUAACUAUAGUUAUUCUGGAAUAUUUUCUUUGUUAUCCAUGUGUCAAUGUAUCCAACAUUUGGAUCUUCAGUAUGCUUAUUUUUUGAAUAAUCAACAUAUUUUUGAGUUGUCUUCAUUUCUUGGUAAUUUGGUGUCUGUAAACCUUAGUUAUUGUCGGAUGCUCGACGAAUCAGCCUUGUUUUCACUCGUUAGUAAAUGUCCUUCACUUAAUGAGAUAAAAAUGGAAUGCACAUCUAUUGGGGAAGAGAGUCUAAAGAAUUCUAAUUCUUUGGUGGAUUUCGUUGUAAGCCCUCAAUUAAAAUCUCUCUAUUUGGCUUUCAAUUCAUUGCUAUGCGAUGAAAACAUCAAAAUGUUUGCUUCCAUUUUCCCCAAUUUGCAACUGCUUGAUUUAAGGAGAUGUAAGAUGAUUAGACAUUUGAACCUAACGUACUGUUUAGGUGAGAAAAUGCAAGGAGUGAACUUUAAACUUUCUAAAUUGGAGGUGUUGAACUUGUCACAUACUAGAGUUGAUGAUAAAGCACUCCGUGUGAUCUCAAAGAAUUGUUUUGGGCUCUUGAAACUAUUACUAGAAUUUUGUAAAGGUGUCACAGACAAGGGAGUGAAGCAUGUGUUGAAAAACUGCACACAGCUGAGGGAGAUCAGUUUAAGGGGUUGUUAUGAAGUGAAAGCUAAUAUUGUUGACAUGAUGGUAUUUGCAAGGCCAACAUUGAGAAAGAUAAUUGCCCCACCUGGUUAUCAUUUUCCCGACAAAAAGGGGGAAGUCUUCUCGCUUCAUGGAUGCCAUGUUUGCUAG